AUGAACUCCACAGAAGAUGAAGCGUUUGAUGCCCCAAUGGUUGGAACAAAAGCCGCCUUGACUACCAUGCCAUACCAAACUCAGGAAUGUAUCUUGUACGGAUCUGUUAACCACGAUUUCGUUGCCGAUCUCGAGAGAAGAUUGGCCGGUCUCUGUGAUCAUGGAAGUACUGAUUUCCACGAACAUGAAAUGAGUUUUAGCCUGAAGACAGGCAUUAGCAAUGAUCCCGAUGUAUGUAUUCGAUUAAGAAGAAGAUUCAACCUAGAAAACAAUAGCUCCCAUCAAAACUUGUGGCAAUUCCGAUAUAUAGGAGGUCCGGAACCAGAUCAGAAAUGCCCAGUUAUCGUUCGUAAAGUGAUUGACUCCAUAACGUACUCCUAUAACAUGAUGGAAUUUGUUAAAACCAUAGGUUUACGAAUGGACUAUGAGUUCAUAGCCAGAGGAACAGCAUACACUUGCGGGAAGAUAAAGAUAAUCGUUAGUGCGCUCCAGAAGUCUGAGAAGGCGGGAAAUUACGACAAUUUGAAACGUUUGUCCGACUCUUACCUUGUAGAAAUGAGUAUAAGCCUACCUGAAAGUUCUGAAUAUACUCAGGCUGCUAAACAGUUGAGAGAUUUCGCCGAUCAGCUAUUGCCUCUUGUGCAUAUGCAGAAAGAAAUGUCAGACCCAUGUGAGAUAAAUAUCGACGAUGAUGAUGACGAGGUUCUACAAGAACCAGUAGCUGAAUCCAAUGAACAGUCGGAAGAGGCUAGUUCCAAUGUGGCGAAAGAGGAAAUGCCAUCAACUACCGAUGAUAUCAAAUCCAGCAUUAAAACUGAGGAGAUCACUGACGGAAAAAGAAAAAUCAAAGUUGCUGUGGUUGGAUGUUCACAUGGAGAGUUAGAUGUCAUCUACGGCACGCUAGAAGAAAUCGAACGUCAAAAUGGAUUCAAGUUCGAGUUAGUUCUAUGCUGUGGAGACUUCCAGUCUGUGCGGAAUUACGGGGAUUUACAACACAUGCAUGUUCCCGAUAAGUUCAAAGCUCUCAAUACAUUCUACAAGUACUACUCUCUUGAAAAGACCGCUCCUAUUUUGACUGUCUUUAUCGGUGGCAAUCAUGAAGCCUCUGGCUAUUUGAGCGAACUUCCGUAUGGAGGCUGGGUUGCUCCAAAUAUUUAUUACAUGGGAUUUGCUAGUGUCAUAAAUUUUGCUGGAUUACGAAUCGCUGGUCUAUCUGGUAUUUUCAAGGAGAAAGAUUACCACAAAGGCCACUUCGAGAGGCCGCCCUAUGAUCGGUAUUCUGAUAUUGUCUCCACUUAUCACGUCAGAAACUUCGACAUUUGGCGUUUGAAGCAAAUGAAGCCUAAAGAGAAUGACAAAAAUAAAAACUCUGUUGAUGUUAUGCUCACUCAUGACUGGCCUUGCGGUAUUACCGAUUUUGGCAAUGUAAACAACUUACUCAGGUUCAAACCUCACUUCGCUGAGGAUAUCGAAGCGAAUAAACUCGGAAACCCAGGAACUAUGAUGCUCCUUUAUGACAUAAAGCCUUGUUAUUGGUUUGCCGGUCAUUUACAUGCGUAUUUCCCUGCUUUAGUUCCACAUGCUGCUAAAAACGAAGGAGAGCGUCCCGACCCAACGAGGUUUUUAGCUUUGGAUAAGCCCAUCCCCAGAAGACAUUUUGUUCAUACUGUUGAAUUAGAAGUAGACGCAAAUGCAACCACUGAUCUGAAGUAUGAUUCUAACUGGAUAGCCAUAUUGAAAAGUACAGACCACCUAACUUCUACUGAUUACAAACAAACUUAUUUGCCCUCGUCUCAUAGUAAUGAACGUUUCGAUUUUCGACCGACCGAUGAAGAGUUGAGCAUUAUGGAGACAUACGGAGAUCUAACGAUUCCGAAAAACUUCCGUCCUACUGCUCCUCCUGUUUUUACAGAAUCUUUAUCCACAUCGGAUCAGUCACCAUCUCUCUAUUACAAGAACCCACAAACGACGGAAUUCUGUUCUCGUUUUAAUAUUACAGAUAUCAAUCAGGUGCUUCUUGCUAAGACAAGCGAAGGAGUUGGAACCCCAUUCCACGUCACAGAUAUGACGAGAGCUACAAAAGCUAGCACAGCUGAACUUCGACUGAACGAACAACUUUUCCAAGAUACCGAUUUCGUCAUCGACACUCGUCCAUCAGUUCUAGGGAACGAUAUACCGACAAACGGCAAUGAUUUUCUAGAGGGAUUCACGGCACCCGCAUGGAAAGGUAAAACGGAAGCACCAGAAGACAAAGACUCUGAGGCUAGUGAGGAAAAAGUUUUCAAACGAAGAAAGGUGGACCUCGAUGAAAGCUAA